AUGGAACACAAGCGACAGAGAGUUGUAGUUACACAGGAACCAGAAACAAAAAAUAAUUUGGCAACUGUAACUUCAACUGAGAUCCCAAACGCGUUUGCGACUGCAUUUUCAUCGGUUGCAACAAUUGAACCAUCGAAAACAGGCUCGACGGAAAUGUCAAACUCAAUCCCAACACAUCCAACGAAGGUGGCUUCUUCAACUGCAUUCACAACUUAUCUAGAACCAUCCACAGCAAAGCUAGUCAUCUCAACAACAACAUUCGAACCUUCGAAAAAACAAACAUACUUUUCAUUUAUUGCAACUUCUGCUGUUGUGGCUGGUGGCAGUCAAGGUUUCAGUGAUUUAGUUGGGACUACUAAGGAAAAUGAGGGUGCGGCCACUACUAAAACGCCAGCAACUACCCAGACUGGCGUCAAUGCCUCUUACAAUCUGGUAGUUGAAGUUGAGAUAUGA